AUGGUGGACUUUGCCUCAGAAAUAGGGUUCAAGUUGUUAACUUUGACACCUUAUAACGCCAAAGCUAAUGGUCAGGGCGAAGCGGCGAACAAGAUUGUAAUUGGUUUGAUAAAAAAUCAUGUGGGUCAGAAACCAAGAAAUUGGCACAAGACCUUAAACCAAGUGCUAUGGGCAUGUCAAAAUCAUCCUAAACAAUUAACUAAUACCACACCUUUCCGGCUUGUUUAUGGACAUGAUGCAGUUCUCCCUUUGAAAGUUCACUUACAGUCAGUUAGGGUCCAAAGGCAAGUUGAGAUCCCGACUGAGUUCUAUUGGAGUAUAAUGUUCAAUGAGUUGGUUGAUUUAGAAGAAGAGAGGUUAGCUGCUAUAGAUUUCUUGAUGACACAAAAUGAUAUUGUGGCUAAAGCAUACAAUAAAAAAGUUAAGUCUAAGACAUUCAACCUAGGAGACUUGGUGUGGAAAGUCAUAUUGUCCAUGGAUUGA